UUAUUGUGUUGUUGAUAAGGGUUGUCGUGCGUACGUGAGCACAAGGAGCGAGAGUUACAUUGAAUUGUGUUUUGUGAUAUCUAAGCAAGCGAGAAUGCCACCGAGACGAGGACGUGGACGUGGACGUGGACGUGGGGCAGGCCGAGGCCCACGAGUGGAAAGUACUGUGGAAGAAAGAUCCAAGGGAAGUAUCGGAGGUCAACCCCCGCCUCCACCGCCACCUCCACUACAACCUCAAGAUAAGGAAUACAUUAAGACGUUCCGCAAAGAGAAACCCCCAAAGUUUGAUGGGUUAGGAGAGCCACAGAAGGCAGAGGCCUGGAUCCGCGAGAUCGAGCGCAUCUUUGAGUUCAUGUUGUGCACGGACAGGGAGCCUCUGGCAUGCGUGACUUAUCAACUGACUGGGCCAGCAGAUCAUUGGUGGGAGACUAGACGAAGAACAGUGGACCCCGCCUGCCGAGAGGCUUUGACUUGGGAUGAGUUCAAGGAAGAGAUAUAUAAUAAGUACGUCCCUAUGAGCUACCGACGAGCCAAGACGGCAGAGUUCCACACUUUGAAGCAGGGAAAUAUGACAGUGUCGGAAUAUGACCGCGCACUUUGCGAGAUGACUCGUUAUGCACCUGAGUUGGUGGACACGGAUGAGAAGAUGGCCGCGAACUUUCACUCUGGCCUUAGGACUGAGAUAAGAGUGGCCGUGGCUAGCUGACAAGGAGUUCCUUACGCCGAGCUUUUGAGUUGCGCCUUGGACGUAGAAGAGGCACUUCCUAAGAAUGAGAGAGUGACAAUCCUACACCACCCACAGAACAACAAAAUUAUCGAGACAAGAGGAAGUGGGAAUGAACCGAGCCCAGUAUGACAACAAGAGACACCAUCCUACUUUCCGCCACCCUCAGAAUUUUAGCCGACAGGUUAAAGAGGAAAUCAGCCAAGGACACCUUACUGCAAUCGGUGCUCCAAGUUCCACGUUGGGGAGUGUAGAGUCGGAGGCACCCGAUGCUUUGCUUGUGGUGGGAAUGGCCACAUGUUCCGAGAGUGCCCGAACAACAACAAGGGUGGAACGAGGAACGGGCAGGGACAGAGACCACCGCAGCAACCACAACCGAUCCGGCAAGUCGCCCCACAACCAGCAAGGGCAUAUGCACUGAAAGGGAAUCCAAGACAGGAGCAACAGGCCAAUAAGGGCAAAGAUAACUUGGCAGGCUAUGUUGUGUUUCCUUGUAUUGAUAAACGUUUGGGAUGGGUAAAAAUUAAAGAGACGAUGAAAGGAACGUUAGGGCAUGCAUGAUAAUGGUUGUGAUGAAGGGCUGAUUUUAUUGCGUUGUUGAUAAGGGUUGUCGUGCGUACGUGAGCACAAGGAGCGAGAGUUACAUUGAAUUAUGUUUUGUGAUAUCUAAGCAAGCGAGGUGGGCUUUCUUUAACUGAAAACUCUUUUAUUUUUCUAAAGUAUGAUUGUGGAGCUAUAAGGGUGGUUUAAAG